AUGCCUCGCACUUCUCAUCAGAUUAUAGUUACAGAUCUUGUGUUUAACGAUACAAAAUUCUUGGAACAAAAAACAAACCCGAAAAAGAAGCACCAAGAUCAUCAACCCAGCACGAAUGGAGAGACAGACCACGAUGAAGAUGAGACUCCCGACAAUCUCGAAUCCCCUCCACAGCAACACACCGGCUGCCAAAAGACAGCAGUAACUGAAAAAGAUACAGAGAGAAAGGGAGAGCCCGAUCAUACUUCUCAAGAAGACUGCAAUUUGUUGAAUAGAUCUAACUUAGAACUAAGCCCUGAAACGCCAAGGACGAUGUUCAAGAAACUCAUCGAGACUGGUAUUUUUGACGGCACGGGCAUUCUGAAGCUUACUUCUGAUAAGGAUCUGCAGAAAGGCCCGAUCCGAGAUGGUGAGAAUGGUAUUCUUAAAAACUUACAGCCUGUUGGAAGCCGUGCAGGUCAAUAUGGAGUGUCGACGACGGAUCCCGACAAGGGCUUGACUCUGCCAUUAACAACGCUGCCUCAAUCGAAUAUAGCAAGCUUCUACCAGAAACACUAUGGGAAUAACCAGAACAAAUCAGCUGAUACAGCAUGUCUUGAACGCCAUGGCGAGAAAACUCCGCUUUGCAUCCGCGACACCGCGCAAGUGUGUUAUUCUGAUCGAGCAAAUCCAGUCAAUAUGAGAGACGUGCAUGAGGCUUCUAUAACUCAGAGCCCCAACCCGGACCUUAAACUAGCACGUGAUUCUGCUGUCGAUGGUAGGCGGGAGUCUAUAUAUGAGGCUUUGGAAGGGCGACACCAAUACACCCCAUACAUUGAUCAUACGGAUCAAAGGAGACCAACACUUACAAACCCUGACAGUGACUUCGCAGACUUUGGCUACCUUGUACAUCCAACAGAUAUACAGAGCCCCAAACUUGUGAGCACGGAGCUGCCAACGCUUGGUGACUGGCAACGCUAUGGAGAGAGCAAAUUGCUGCAACAGUCGUUGGCUGCCAAGCAUUCUCUUCACCUUACUCAUGGGGAUGCUGGCAUACCGGGACCUAACCUAAUGAUGUUCCCUAUGCCAUCGACAGAGGUGUACCCCACACAAGACGAGAGGGGAUACACCAAUGCACAAGUCAAACAACAGCGCCGAAAUUGUGGCAAUGAAACAGUUCGAGAAUUCUUCGAAAGUAUCGAGGGCGAGGUAAGCUUGAAAUAG